GUGGAGUAUGAAGACAUACGUUGGGCAUUGGAGUAAUCCUUUGCGAGUUGAAUAGCAGCCGAGAAAGAUUGUUGAGUUUUGUCUGUGAAUUCAAAGCUCAUGGUGAAUGGGAAAUGCGAACUUGAAGAAAUGAGCUUAGUCGGACAACGAUACCUCCUUUUUAUCGACCUUGGUUAGUCGUAGUACGAUCCAGAAGCAUGGAGAGGAGUACACUCCUUUAUCGAACAUUGCAGAACUUGCUGGUGAUAUCAUCGCACGUGGCAGUGCAAUGGAACCGACCUGGGUCAGCCUGGGUCCUGACAGCUUCAUCUGGCUGCUGACUCCGGUGCACAUACUAGUAGCAUUUCCUCUUCUCCAAUGGUCGCAUUGGACACCGUCUGGCCUGCAGAUUCGAUCGAGUUCUGCCCUCAUGAGAGUGCUUCUGAGAUUUUUGUUUGCGGAACCUAUCGAUUAGAACAGCCCCCCGCCGACUCGGAUGCUCGAGUGCAAACCGCAUUAGAUGAUGGUAAAGGAGAUUUCGAACCUACGACAAGAAAACAAAGUCAAGUCCGUCGUGGCAAGUGUCUUGUGUUGCAAGUGACAGAAGACAGAGAAAUUUCCCAGAUUCAGGAAAUCAGUCUCCCAGCUGUCCUCGACCAGAAAUGGUGUCAUACAUCUCAAACGGCCUCUCCAGUACUCGGAAUUGCAGACUCGGAAGGGAACAUCACACUUCAUGAGUGGCACAAAGAAGAGCGCCGGCUCAAGUCGUUUCAGAGCGUAUCCUGCGCACCCUCAAAUGUUCUGUGCCUUUCCUUAGACUGGUCUACCCGAAGAUACCCCACGAACAGUUAUGGUUCUCUGGUGGUUUCCCUAUCAAGCGGCUCGCUAUGUGUUCUAAAUCCUGAUUCAACUGGCAAUUUGGCUGUCGUCAACCAGUGGCAUGCGCACGAUUACGAACCUUGGAUUGCUGCUUGGAACUAUUGGGAUACCUCCAUCGUUUAUUCGGGCGGAGACGACUUAACCAUGAAGGGCUGGGAUGUCCGACAGAAUUUUGACCAGCCCAUCUUUACAAAUAAGCGGCAUGUAAUUAUCUCCACAUAUUUUGUUUAUUUCUCAUACCCUCGAAGAUUUAAUGCGGGUGUCACAACUAUCCAGAGCCAUCCACACAUCGAAUAUCUCAUAGCCGUCGGAAGCUACGAUAAUAACGUUUGCAUUUUUGACACUCGGAAGCCGCUAGUACCGCUCGUCCAAGGAGACGUUGGAGGGGGCGCGUGGCGUGUCAAGUGGCAUCCGUCACCCAGUCGUAAGGAGGAUCUCCUCGUUGCAAGCAUGCACGACGGUUUUAAGGUGGCGAAGGCCCACCAUCGAGAAGAUGUAACAUGGGAAAUUGUGAAGCGGUUUGAUGACCACAAGUCGCUAGCAUACGGCGCAGACUGGUCGUUCGCUCCUCCAGGUGCAGAUGGGGAGACACUGAUCGCGAGUUGCUCCUUCUACGAUCACACGUUACACCUCUGGAAUGGCUAG